GCUUGCUGCCCGUCUUUCUGCUGUUGGGCUGCCGCUGCCCGAAAAGUGGAUGUUUCGGGAUGUUUUUUUGCUCCUGGCCAGAGAGAGCGGGACUACGGUGAAAGUCGGACGGACGUUUGGUCACCCGGAGGAAGAGAUAUUGGAAAUACAUAGUUGUGCAAUGGCUUUUGAGGACAUACCAAAAAAGGACUGGUAUAGCAUCUUGGGUGCAGGACCCUCAGACAGCUUAACAGAAUUGAAAAGGAAAUAUCAAAGGCUAAUAUUGUUGUAUCAUCCAGACAAACAGAGCACAGAUGUGCCAGCAGGAGAAGCAGAGGCGCGCAUGCAGAGGUUCAUCGAAAUUGAUCGAGCAUGGAAAAUUCUAGGAAAUGAAGAGAGAAAAAAAGAGUAUGACCUGCAGCGGCGUGAAUAUGAAUUAGAGCAAGGAUGGCCAGUGGAUACUCAGGUUUCAUUUGAAGAUAUGACCUGGAAUCACAAUGAUCACUGUUAUUCUUUCACAUGCCGAUGUGGUGGAAAAUACAGAGUUUCCAAAAAUGAAGUUGAAGAUGUUUCACUAGUAAGCUGUGACACAUGUUCGCUACUUAUAGAAAUUAUUUGAUAUGCCAUCCAGGAAAUACACCAUGCAGCUGGAUAGACUGAUAAGUUUAAUAUGCUAGUAUAGAAAGUGGUAGAAAAGUGUACAAUAAAUCUUAAGUUUAAAACAAAGUCUGUCAAUUCUGCAUCUUGAGAUGCAAAACCUAAGCGAUGUUGUUCAUUUCCUCUGUUUUAUAUGAGCAUUCAUCUCUAUAUAAACGAGCAUUUCCCAACCAUACAGUGUACAGACUUUCAGCUCUGAGAAUUCUCAGCAGAGGUAAUGCUGGCACUGCAGUUGUAGAACCUAAAAUCCAGACAGUUGGAAGUUGCCUAAAUUGGAAAAGGAUUAUUUAAAUCUAGACGUGCUCCAAAUUUUGGAGGAACUGAGAUAACUUUUUUUUACAAUAUUGCAUCUUAUAUUUGAGAUGAAACUAUAGCUGGAUUACAAGAAAACUGAAAAGUAUUUUGAAAACAGUGCUGCAGAUUUAAAACCAAUAUGUAGUUCUUUCAGAGUAGUCAAACCUCCAGCAUACCAUUUGAUAGACCUGAAAGAGUACACUAAUACUUAUUUCAUAUAAAUUAUACUCCAUAUAAAUAUGAUGUAUAAAUAAAUAAAUAAAUGUAAUGAGAGGUUUAAUAUAAUUCACAAUAGGUAGCUUGCAUUCUCGGAUGUAGAAGCUUAUGUAACUGAAAUAGUAUUCAUAAAUGCCACCCACUUCAUGGAUUCUUUUUUACAGUAUACCAUAAUAGUAAAGAAUAAUCCAAUCUGAAAUUGUUUAAUUCUUCCAUUCCAAAUGGCUGAAUAUAUCUGAAAAUUCUGAGAAGAAAAGUAUGUGACCAUAAAAAUUCUUAGGCUCUCUGUUUAAUAGAAAAAAAAAUUACAAAUAAUCCUGAACCAUGAUACAUCAUUUAUUGACUAUAAAAAUAUAAAUCACAUUUUGAAAGGUUAAAAAAAACAGAGAUGACAACAUAAAGCAAUUAGUCUUUAUAAAUCCUGUGACUGUUGGGACUUGAACGCAGAAAUCCAAAAUCAGUCAAAGGCCAAAGCUGUGAAAUAAAAUAAAUAAUUACUUAACAUACUGAGCAUCAGUCAUCCUUCAGUUUUCUCUAUUUCAACUGUAGUGUUAAUACAGGAAAUUGAACGUUUUAAACAGGAUAGCAACACAUGUAUGACUUACAUAUGCUCUUCACUUAAGCUAUCCUUUUGGGGAGUUUUUCCAACAAAAUAUGUUCAUAUAAUAAAUAAAAUAUUUGGAAUUAUCUGCAAUGAAUUAUAAUUCCAAUCUCUCUCUACUGCUCAUCUGGAUACACUUCACUGCAAAAAUACAUAUUCAAUGAUGACUGAUCGAGAUUUCAGGUGAUAUGUUAAGACUGUUUAGACUGUGUAUAUGUUUAGACUGUUUAAUUUUUCUCAUUUUUUUCUAUUAAGGUUAAAUAUUUUAAUUGUUUAUGAUAAUGUGAAUAUGAUGUCCAAUUCUCAUAACUUUAAGAUGGCUGUAUAUUAUUAUGGAAGAUUUUUUUUCUUUCUGCAUAUGUAAAAAAUCAUUGCUAUUCCUUAGGCAGACACUCAGCUAAAAGAAAUGGCUGAAUUAUGAAUUUGAUGAGAUAUGAGAGUUAACUAGCAAACUACAAUUGCAUAAGAAACAAUACAGAUGGAAUACACCCAGGCUGAGGCAGGAAGCUGAAAUAAACUUUUAAAAUAUA